AAAGUAAAAAUGUUUAUGCUGAGGACACAUGAUCUGUCGUGGCAAGAUCAUGUAGUCAACAUUGAAUUUAUGGUGAAUCCUUCACAUAAUCAACUUUUGUUUAAUAAACAUAAAACUUUAGCUUCAAAAUGUGAUAAAGUUAAGAGACUAUAUGACAAGGAAUUAAAAACUUCACAGAAAAACUUUGUCGUUGACAUGCGAAUGAUGGAGAGAAAAAAGAGUGCAUUGGAGAGACGCCAGUCGGAAAUAAAAACAAGUAAACACAGCCAAGAAUUCACUAAAAAGUCAUCUAAACCGAGAUCAGGGAAUAAUAAUGUUCCUAAUACAAACAUCAUUCGAGGACAGUCGGCACCACCAAAUAUAGACUCAGCAUUUAUGACAGAAGUAGACCAGUUCUCUAGAGAUGGGGAGGAUAGUUAUUCCAAUGUUUCUCCAGUUUCUCGUGCAAAGACAAUAAAUGCUUGGUAUGCUUCAACACCGGAUACGUCACGACCAUCCACACAAAAACAGUCAUCUUCUGCAUUCAAAUCUACAACUCGUCAAAAAUCCGUUCGCUUUGACGAACGGAUUACAGAAGACAGUUGUGAACCAUCAAUAAGAAGAAAUGUGAACAACAGAGUGAAGAUAUUCCUUGAGGAACAGAAAAAUUUUAAUAAACGUCCGCUAAUCUAUAAUGGCAGAUUCAAGUCGACUUCUUCUCCAGCAGUGGCAAAACGAUACACGAAUACAAAGCUUGACACAGACACAUUGAUGCACGCUUUUAAUAAUCUCUGUUUAGACAACAGCGUAGAAAAUUUCAAAAAACUAUCAUCCAUGGCAAGCCGAGUCAAAUCAAACUAUAAAUUAGCUCGAAACACUUCACUAGUUCCAGCUGUUGCAACACUUAAAACAUCGCGACGUUUCAAAGAAAUCAUUCACAAAGAAUAAAGUGCUAUCAGAAAAACGAUUUCUUCAUUCAAAUUGAUAUCGAGAUUUACAAUAUUUGUCACGCAACAUUACAGUUUUGUAAAUAAAUGUAACUGAAGAGAAACAUUCAUCAUUUCAGUCUUUUUUCAAGCAAAAUGUUUGUAUUUUCUUGUCAUGACUUUGAGCUUUCUUUCCAAAAGUAGUUUUUAUGUAAACACGUCAUAAUGUUCGACCUUCUUACCAAAGAACCGGGCGUAUGACAUUUGCGCCGAUUUUAUAAAUUUCAAUCUUUCAUUUGCGCCGAUUUGGUUGUUUCAUUUGCGCUGAUUCAAUAAUUUCAAGUUCCAUUUGCUCAUUUUUGCAUUUUAGUGCUGUGCUUUUUUCAUGGCGUAAAGAUGUUUUAUUGUCCUUUAACAUAAUAAAGGCUGUAAAUAGAUUUUUAUAUCAUUUGAUAUUUUAUUGCUAUACUCAGUUAUUUUAAUGGAUGUAAAAUUGUCUUGUUUUGCUCGAAAUCCUACUUCCACCUCCCCAUUGUGGGUAGGGGGCAACAGUUAUAUGCAUGUUUUAAUUGAUAAUCUAUAACAUAUGUAUAACUGGCUAGCGUAAGAGGUUUAUACUGAUAAAUACAAAUAGUUUUCACCUGUAAUUUACCUAUAAAACAAUUGGCGCAAAUGAAAGAAAUAAUCGACGCAAGUGAAAGAAAAAAUCGGCGCAAGUGAAAUGCAGAUCGGCGCAAAUGCAAAACGCCGCAAAGAACCAUUUCUGUUGUUCGAUUAUUGUUAUAAACACAUAUAUUUGAAAUAAUCGUUAAGGGUACCGCGGAACCCCGUGUCUCUCCUGCGAUUACUGCUCUUGGUGUACGGUAAAAGUGUAAUGUUGACUGUGAAAAGUGAGUUCAUUUAUCAGUAAAAUACACAAUUUAAAAUAAAAAUAAUGUAUCUUUG